AUGUUCAAAAAAUCAGCAUUGCCACCAUUAGGCAGCUUGAAAGAAGACGGAGAUGACAAUACAGAGAGAUUGCCUAUGAAUGCAACAACGGCUUCAUCAGCUGCUAGACAACCAAAAGCAUCUCAUUUCAGUCCGAAUGAGCCCAGCAAAGAAAAUGGCCCUCUUUUUGUCAUGCAUCACGGCGCUGGCUCAUCUGGCUUGACAUUCGGAGUAACAGCAAAGUAUGUCAAAGAGGUAUCUCAAGGCCAAUGCGGUGUCAUGGCCAUCGACUGCAGAGGUCAUGGCGCUUCGAAGACGGAGGCAUUUGAUAACGAUUUUUCUCUGGAAACACUAUCAAACGAUUUAAUCAACAUCAUCAAGGAGACAGUCAAAGUAGGCCAAGACAUUAUUCUCGUAGGCCACAGUAUGGGUGGAUCUGUCGUUGUCAAUGUAGCAUGUAAACGAGUGCUCAAGAGCGUUAUUGGCGUGAGUGUAUUGGAUGUAGUUGAGGGAUCGGCUAUCGACGCAUUGUCCUCCAUGACAAAAAUCUUGAGCUCGAGACCAAAGAGAUUUGAUUCAGCAGAACAAGCCAUCAUGUGGAGCAUUCAAUCAGAUACAGUGCGAAAUGUAGAGUCAGCCAGAUUAUCCAUUCCUGCAUUGAUAGAAUCCACGGAAGACGACAAAUACAAGUGGAUCACAGACCUAAUCAAGACACAGCCAUUUUGGACAGAGUGGUUUACAGGAUUGAGCGACAAGUUUUUGAACUCGGGUACAGCUAAAUUGCUCAUAUUGGCAGGUACAGAUAGAUUAGAUAAACCGUUGAUCAUUGGCCAAAUGCAAGGUAAAUUCCAACUGACCAUCUUCCCUGACGCUGGUCAUUUUUUGCAAGAGGAUACACCUAGAAAGACAGCGGUGUGCCUGGUUGAGUUUUGGAAAAGAAAUCAGCGUCUUGUGCUGCCUCCCAAAGUGAAGGUUUAG